CGUCCUUGCCGUCAACCCCGAGACUCUCCAACCCCCUUGGUGUCGAGGAUCUGUAUGUAGCCUCCUGGUAUUCUCAAUAUGCCCUCCAUCCUCUCCGACGACGACAAGCAAACCGUCAAACGAAAUGUCCCCAAAGCCUCGAACAAGAUUCACGCCGUGGCAGUUGUGAAGCUGUAUGUUGCAUAUCCCAACAGGCAGCGAUGGACAUAUUCCGGCCUUCAAGGGGCGGCCGUUCUUGCGAAUGACUUGGUAGGCAAUACCUUUUGGAUCAAACUAGUGGAUAUUUCGCCAUCCAACCGUGGUGUCAUAUGGGACCAGGAGAUAUACGACACAUUCCAGUACAAUCAGGACCGGACCUUCUUCCACACCUUCGAGAUUGAGCAAUGUCUUGUAGGCCUAUCCUUUGCGGAUGAGAAGGAAGCAAAGACUUUCCGGAAAAAGGUGGAUGAUCGGGAGAAGAAUGCCCACAAGAACACCCAGCGCAAACCCUUUGGGACGACAGCAGCGAAUGGACAGCCUCGCCAGGAGAAGCAACAUCACCACGGAGGAGGAAUUUUCAGUGGACUCUUUGGCCAUCGACAUACUACAAGUCAUCCGGAGCCGACACAAUCGAUCAUACCUCCGAAAGACAUACGCGUCUCCUCGCCGACACCAUCUCGCGUAAUGCAAGAACCCCAGGAACUACCGUCGCGCCCAAAAGGCAACACUCUAGGUCUAGACCAGGAUAUCCUGAAUGAGAUCCGAGAAAUGGGAAUCACAGACGAUCAGAUCGAGGAAAAUGCAGACUUUAUCAAGAUGUGGUUGGAACAGCGAAAGGCCAACCUCGCAGCGGAGGAAAGGACUCGUUCACGCGCUCCACCUCCACCUCCUCCAGCUGCACCCUCAGUGCAGCACCCAAUUAGUCCUCAAGGGACUGGAAGCACCACCAGAUCUUCCCGUGGUCCACCUCCAGCGCCACCUCCCGCACGGCCGCCCGCUCUACCGACCCCGUCAGGCGGCCGCGAUGGUCUCCUUGCCGACAUCCGCGGCGGUGCGCGGCUCAAAAAGGUCACCGACACCGAGAAACGCGAUCGGAGCGCUGCAGCUGUACCGGGUGGGGCAGCAUCUCCAUCUCCAGCCGCGGCUUCGGGUGGCGAUUCGGCGGCGGGAGGUCAGGAAGGGCUGGCAGGAGCGUUGGCUCAGGCGUUGGCGAAGAGGAAGGGGAAGGUUGGUGAUAGUGAUGAUGAGAAGAGUGACAAUGACGACUGGUAGCGGUAGCGUUCCUGGGAACAAAAGUUAAUGGGGAAAAGACGAUCGUACAGUAGAUGUGAUAGGUUGGGUUCAAACUCGUAAUAGCGGGUAGAAGCAU